CCCUCUAACCCGGUGAUGCUGGCUGUUUCCUGCUUCUUCUUCUGUCCAACCGCCGCUGCUGGUGAAUUCGUGUUAGUUGAGCGCUGUAGCCACAGCGAGACGCAGAACGUGGACGUCAGUGGCUUUUCACGGCACAAACCCCGAGUCAGCCACUGUAUUAUCCCAUCCAAAAUCACAGCAAUGCGCAGGAAAUCUAGGAUAUUAUUAUGUUUUGCUGUGCUUUGGGUUCUUGGCAUAGCAUAUUAUUUCUAUUCGGGGACAACGCUGAGUCGAAAGGAUGACUGGAGUGGCAUUAAUUCAAACAGAGUUCAAUCACACAGCAAUGCAGAUGACAAAGCCCACAGCCUAGAGACUCUUCCUCCAGGGAAGGUUAGGUGGCAGGACUUUGACCAGGACCUGUACGUGGGAGCAACUGCUGUGAGGCCAGGGCAGGAUCCAUACGCCCGCAACAAGUUCAACCAGGUUGAGAGUGACAAACUCAGAAUGGACCGCAGUGUCCCUGACACCAGACAUGACCACUGUCGUCACAAACAGUGGAGGACAGAUCUUCCUGCGUCCAGUGUGGUUAUCACUUUCCACAACGAGGCCCGUUCAGCUCUGCUGCGCACUGUUGUCAGUGUGCUAAAGAAGAGUCCUCUUCAUCUGGUCAAAGAGAUCAUCUUAGUGGAUGACUACAGUGACAACCCUGAAGAUGGUGCCUUACUUGGGAAAAUCGAGAAAAUCAGAGUCCUACGCAACGAUCGUCGAGAGGGCUUGAUGCGAUCCCGAGUCAGAGGAGCGGAUGCAGCCACGGCCAAUGUAUUGACCUUCCUUGACAGCCAUUGCGAGUGUAAUGAACACUGGUUGGAGCCCCUUCUAGAAAGGGUUGCUGAGAGAUCUCAUUUCGUGUCUGGCAGUGCGGAGGCAGCCUGGAGAUCAUUCCCUGCAGUCGAGUGGGUCAUGUCUUCAGGAAACAGCAUCCAUACACUUUCCCAGGGGGCAGCGGCACUGUGUUUGCUAGGAACACGAGGCGAGCGGCAGAAGUUUGGAUGGACGAUUAUAAGAAUUUCUACUACGCUGCUGUGCCCUCAGCCCGUAAUGUGCCCUAUGGCAACAUUCAAAGCAGGCUGGAAAUGAAGAAGAGGUUAGGCUGCAAACCAUUUAAGUGGUACCUGGACAACGUCUAUCCUGAGUUACGGGUCCCGGAUCAUCAGGACAUAGCCUUUGGAGCACUACAGCAGGGCCAAAACUGUCUGGACACACUGGGGCACUUUGCUGAUGGGGUGGUGGGGGUGUACGAGUGCCACAAUGCAGGAGGAAAUCAGGUACCAGUCCGAUCUCAGGAAUGGGCCCUGACUAAAGACAAAUCCGUCAAACACAUGGACCUUUGCCUGACGGUGGUGGAUCGCACCGCUGGCUCACAGAUCAAGCUGCAGGGCUGCAGGGAGAACGACAGCAGACAGAAAUGGGAGCAGAUCGACAACAACUCCAAACUACGGCACGUCGGCAGCAACCUGUGCCUGGACAGCCGGAAUGCGCGGAACGGCGGUCUGACGGUGGAGGUGUGCAGCCCGUCGCUCACCCAGCAGUGGAAGUUCACUCUCAACCUGCAGCCGUAGAUCGACACCGCCCAUCCCAACCCUCCCCUUCUCGCCCUCGGGCACGCACUCGCCCCUCAGAGAUAAUCGCUGCCCAGAUACAGACUCGGGGCCGCCACGGUGCGGUCUGGUGGUCCUCAAGGGCCACGGGGCAACGAAAACACAAACAAGAUGAUGAUGACUAUUUCCAUCUAACUAUAUACCUCACUGUUUCAUCUGUUGUCCAGCUCUUGGAAAGUGAAUCUUAAGUGUCUAAACUUUAUCGGAUCUAUUUUUGGAGUUUUUCUUCCCCGUUUCCGAUGCAAAGGAUCCAUUUUUUUUUUUUGGUUUGGUCUUUUCUUAUUUUUUGCCUUUUCACGUCUCAUUUUCAUAUUCCAGCACAUUUUCUUUUUUACAAUAGACAUCCAUUUUUCUUUUAUUUUUGUAGUCAUGUUACCAAUAUUGUUGAAUGUAAAUGACGUUUUAUGGAGGCUCCCUUCCUGCGCUGUGAUUGGACUGGAUUUCAAGACGGUUGUAGUUUGGGUUUGGUUCCAUUUGAGGGCUCAUGGGAUUGAAGGGAGGACUCAUUUAUUGCGCGCACCGACACGGACACACUUUGACUGUGGAGGACCGCUCACGGCGCGCACAGGAAGCAGAAAAAAAAAUCGAGACCUUUUUUGUUGUUUUCUUGUUUUAAUUAAAUCGUCAAUCUGUCUUUUUUCUGUUUAAAGGUGCAAUGUGUAAAGAUUCAUCCCACUUUUUCCGUAAGGGCCCCUGGUGUGUUCUGAAGGAGAACCGAGGCAUUGUACAGAACGUGACUGCUGGAUUCACAUACUGUAGCACUGGCUGCUAACAAAUCUAAAACGUCUUCAAAAACGAAACAAACGUUUCUCAGCCACAUUUUUCUCAGUAAUCAUUUAUUCCUUAAUUCUAUGUAGCCUUUAUUUACGUCGACAAGUGUAUUAUGUAAAAUAAUCAUGGUAAUUCCCAGCAGAGGCUGAUCUGAAGCUUUGCUCAUGUCUUUAGGUUUUGAGCAAAGGUGGAUGUGUGUGUUACUCCUCAUCUUCCAUGAUUUCUUUUGACUUUGUGCAGUAUGUGUUCUGGAUCAUAACAUGGGCAUUGGAAAGUCCCCUUUCCUGCCUCCUUAAAGUCCUGGAUGUUUUAUUCUCAAGAUCAGUCAUGAUCCUCAGCAGCUUUGGCCAAACCUGGCACAUUACGUCAUUACUUGAGCAUCCUCCUUCUUUAGUUACUGCCUUUGUUAUCCAUGAUACUGUAAAGAAAAUGUGAGGGUUUUUUUUUGUGCGAGUGUGUUUCUAAGCAGCUUUCAAAAUGCGCAUUUGAGAAGCAUAUGGACUCACAAUGGAGAAACGCAACACGGUUUGUUUGUGUGUGUCCUUUUAAUUACCAAUUAAUUCAUCACCCGAAAUACUUUUAUCACAUCCAAACCUUGUAAAUUAUUGUGGUACUUGAGUUGAUCUUAACAGAACUUAUUACUGUAAAUCCAACAGACAAAGAAGCCUGUGAUAUGUGAAACCCAAUCAGUUAACCCACCUACCUUUCAUGUAUAACGCCGUAGCAUUCCGACUAACUUAUUGUAGGCUAGGAAAUCCAGACUAAAUGAGUCCCUGACUGCCUUUCGGUCAGCUCUCCUCAUGUAUCAGCAGUAAGUGUUAUGUUAAUCUUAGACUUGUAUAUGUUCGAAUUGUCUGCACCACCCUGUGCUGUCCCAGAAUCCCAGUUCUCCAUUAGAGAGGAUGAAGACUGCAACAGAAACACGAGGAAGAAAAUCACUAUUUUAUUGCCGUGUUCUGUGGCGUCAUCAGGUUUCCUGUAGACAGAUGAGUCUGCUGGACGGGAAAGCAGGUGUAGAUGUGGACUGCACUUUUUCCAUAGCGAAUCACACCACCUUUCUCCAUUAAAAGGAGAGGCCUAUGAAAUGGUUUAAAGUUUGGGCUUUGAACAAUUCUUUUUUUUUUUUUUUUUUUUUUAAGAACACAGCCAAAUUUGGAGCAAUAUAUGAUGGCUAAUCUAUGAAUUGGAUGAAAUGUUUACAUAGCACAGUGUGCCAAAGUCAGUUGCUGUUUGAUUGAAUAUGGAAACACUUUUUCUCCAGACUAGGACUGUUUCAUUUUUAGUAAAUGAAGGACGUGACCCCACCUUUUUUUUGUCUCUUUAGUUUCCUCGAAAGCCAAUUUUAGGAAAAUCUUGAUGUCGCAUUAAACGGCAAAGGAAACAGCAUGGGGUCAACAGUUGUGGUGUAUAUGUGUGUAUAUACAGUAUGUAUGUCCAUGCAUGUACAUUUACACAUUCAGUUGCAGUUAUAGUGAUUUGGUCAACUGUACAGCGCUUGUGUUUGUUCAUUGUUUUAUAGAUAUUGCAAAAGUUUGAAUGACGGGAAAUAAUUAACUUAAAUAAAAAAAAAAAUUAUA